GUUUCCAAUGAUCUUCUUCUUCUUCUUUUAAUUCAAACUUAAUUUCCAAUUUUUUCUGAUCCAUAAUGCACAAUCCUUACAAAAACAAUAACAAGAAUCCCCAUUUGUGCUUCUCUUUCGGGUUCAGGGUCCUGAAUUUUCCGGCGUCAGAGGGGGCGAACUUUCCUGCAAUAAUCCGGACGUGAAAUAUUUACCCAGAAUCUCAUAAAUAAGGAGUAUCAGUAAUGGCAAAAGACACCGCUCCGUCUCCAGAAGAUUCUUCUGAUAAAUCACCACCACCACCACCAACCUCCGACGACGACUCUUCCGCCAAGUCACCACCACCACCAGCAUCAUCCCCACCCCCUAAAUCCUCCCCAUCCCCACCACCACCCUCCAAAUCCUCCCCAUCACCCGAAAAAUCCUCUUCGCCACCACCACCACCACCAGCAGAAGACUCAUCCACCUCACCACCACCACCAGCAGAAGACUCAUCCACCUCACCACCACCGCCAGACAAAGCAUUGGCCUCGCCACCACCGCCUCCUUCUACGACCAAUUCCCCCUCUCCCACGUCAUCAACCGUGGCUUCCCCCCCACCGCCACAUGGCAGUUCCUCCUCCUCGCCUCCCCCUCCGCCUGUAGCGUCGACGAAGUCACCGUCGUCUUCGGCUUCUAGUGGGUCCCCACGACCGCCCCCGCCGCCAACAUCGUCGUCGUCGUCGUCGUCGUCUUCGUCUUCUUCAUCGGAUAAUACGGGGGUUAUUAUAGGAGCGGUUAUCGGGGGCGUUGUGAUUUUUGUUGUGAUCGUUAUUUGCUUGACGUGCUGCUCAAAGAAGAAGAAGAGAAAGCAGUACUACAUGGAUCCUACCCAUGGACCUCAAGGUGACUACUACAACGGUUCCAUAAAAUGGAACAACCCCCUGCUAACAGACCCUGCUAAACUUCCUCCACCACCCGGCGGUGUUGGUGGUUGGGGUGCGCCUCCUCCACCGCCCCAGGCGAACAUAAGCGGUGAAUAUAGCUCUGGCUACUCAGGCCCCUACCACACUUCUGUGCCAUCUCAAACACCAAAUAUGGGUCUUGGUAAUAACCAAAGCUGCUUCACGUAUGAGGAGCUAGCCUCUGCCACUAAUGGGUUUUCCCAAGCUAAUAUUUUGGGUCAAGGUGGAUUCGGGUAUGUACACAAAGGUGUGUUGCCUAAUGGAAAAGAGGUUGCGGUUAAGAGCCUUAAGUCUGGUAGCGGGCAAGGAGAGAGGGAGUUCCAGGCCGAGGUUGAGAUCAUUAGCCGUGUCCAUCAUCGCCAUCUUGUUUCUCUUGUUGGAUAUUGCAUUGCUGAUGGCCAGCGAAUGUUGGUCUACGAAUUCGUCUCCAAUAAAACGUUGGAAUUUCAUCUUCAUGGGAAAGAUCAACCCACCAUGGACUGGGCAACAAGGAUGCGCAUUGCAUUGGGAUCAGCCAAAGGACUUGCUUACCUUCAUGAAGACUGCCAUCCUAAAAUUAUCCACCGUGACAUCAAAGCUGCUAACAUCCUCCUCGAUAAUAACUUUGAAGCUAUGGUGGCAGAUUUUGGAUUGGCAAAACUCUCUUCUGAUAAUUACACUCAUGUCUCUACACGCGUGAUGGGAACUUUUGGGUACUUGGCUCCAGAGUAUGCAUCAAGUGGCAAGCUAAGCGAUAAAUCUGAUGUUUUCUCCUUCGGCGUUAUGCUUUUGGAACUCAUAACUGGCCGACGACCAGUGGAUCCCACCAACAAAUACAUGGAGGAUAGCUUGGUGGACUGGGCUAGACCACUCCUAGGACAAGCAUUGCAAGAUGGAAACUAUGACGAGCUGGUGGAUCCACGCUUAGAAGAUAACUUCGCCCCCCACGAGAUGGCACGCAUGGUAGCCUGUGCUGCUGCCAGCAUCCGUCAUUCCGCAAGAAGGCGGGCAAAGAUGAGCCAGAUUGUACGCGCAUUAGAAGGAGAUGCAUCACUGGAUGACUUAGUUAAUGAGGGUGUCAAACCAAACCAGAGCUCCUCAAAUUCAAGCUCUGACACUAGAGCAUAUGAUACCGGUGCUUACAACGCAGACAUGUUGAAGUUCAAGCAAAUGGUUCUGUCAAGCCGGGAUUUGGAAAGCAGUGAAUACGGAGCGACUAGUGAGUAUGGGCUCAAUCCAUCCAUUUCGAGCAGCGACUCAACAGAGCUUGGCCAGCCAGGGACCCAAAGACACAAACUGUAGAGCAACUUCAUUGAAAGAAGCACGUAAUCUUGACAUGUUUUGACACAACGGCUUACGAAAUUAUUGCAUAGGACGAAUCGUCGAUUUGGGUCAUAUCUCUCAGUCUCAUCCCCUGUCUCAUUUUUUUUUUAAUCUUGAUUCACAGAGAUAAGACAAGUCCACAAACAUCCGAAUAAACUAUGUUGUCAAUGGAUUAAUUUUUAUUCUUUUUGCUUGUGUAUUCGAUUUGUCACGUACAUGUAUAGAUGAAUCAUAUAUGUUCAAGAGGACUAGCUCCCAUUGUUUGUGGGAGUUUUUAAAUAUUCAUCCUCAGACCACAUCCCACGUUCUGGUCAUUUUGAACAGUUAUGUUUUUAUCUU